AUGCUAAUCGGUUUUCUCGUUUGGUUUUUAAUUUUUAUUAGUCAAAUUUUAUAUUUUUCAUCAUCUUCUGUUCAUCAUUAUUGUUGGUUUCCACCUUGUAAAAAGAUUGUUUUCUCAUCUCGUCUACACAAAAAACAACAAAAAGUCCCAAAUCCAUAUGAUAAAUCACUUCUAUUACGUAUUCAUCGUCAACCACUUUUACAAAAAUAUGAAUCUCGUCAUGUUAACCUGAUUCGUUUAGCUAAACCUAUAAUAUCAACAAAAUAUCUAAUUUAUACAUGUAAUCAACCAUGUGGUGGCUGGGGUGAUCGAACACGAAAAAUAGUUGGUGCUUAUUUAUUAUCAUUGGUAUUAAAUCGUACUUUUAUUAUAAAUAUGACAUGGCCUUGUCCAAUAACACAUUUAUUAGAGCCAAAUUUUAUAAAAUGGAAUCAAACAGUAAAAAAUCUUUCAAAACGAACAAAUGUUACAGUAAGUAAUCUUACUGCAUCGGAUAAAGAUUAUGGUGAAGUUUUACUGUGGGAAAAUAUUGAUAUAAUUUAUUUUAAAGUUAAAGAUUUAGCUUAUUAUUCAUUAUUAUUAUGGCGUGAUGAUUUUUAUCGUAUACUUCAUUUACAAUAUGGUUUACAUCGUUCAAAAUUAUUUAUUCAUACAAUAUUUACAUUAAUAUAUGAAUUAUUAUUUAAAUUAAAAUCUCAUCCACAAUCACAUAUGAAUGAAAUAUCAGAAAAAAUUCAAUCAAAAUCACUUUAUUGUGCACAUAUACGUAUUGGAAAAAAUCCAUCAAAUCCAAAUGAUGUUAUUUUUCCUAAACGUGAACGUAUGAAUACAAGUGUAAUAGGAUUUUUAAAAAAUAUAUCGAAAUCAAAUGACUUAGUAUUUAUUUCUACAGAUUCAGAAGAAGUACAAUCAUAUGCAAGAAAAUUAUUUCGUUCACGUUUAUUAACAAUUGAUGGUAUUAUACGACAUAUUGAUCGUUCAGGAAAAAAAUUAGCAUGUGAUGGACUUGAAAAAACAAUAUUAGAUUUUUAUAUGAUUUCACAUUGUCAUACUUUGAUUAUGAGUAAAAGUGCUUUUAGCUUUUGGGCAAAUAUGCGUCGAUUAAACCCUUAUGACAAUUUAUAUUUAUACUGUGAUGGAAUAAAAAACAUACGUGGUCCAGGUGAUUAUGAUCGAUAUCCUUAUGUAUUCUCGAUAUCGUGUUAUAAAUGUUUGUCAAUUAAUGGAAGUAAUCCAUCAUGUGAAGAUACAUUUCAGGGUGAUGUAACCGGUAAAUCAUCGUUUCUUUAUGCUCCAUGUUUAACCAAUUUACGUGGACGUAAAGGUUUAUUUCCUGCAACACAUUGUAUUAAACUAGUGGCCCGUUCUAGAGCAUCUAUUCCUGUUCAAUAUAUGUAUCGAACAUGUGCUCGAGAUGAAGCUGAUGAUAAUGAAAUAACUCGUGCUAGUCAUUGUGGUCUUCUUAAACUUGAUUGGAUUGAUAAAAGUCAACGACUUCGAGGUUGUUUACAUAUAUGCGAUAAAGAUGCAUUAUAUUAUUUAUAA